GUUGGAAAAUUCCCCCAUGUGAAAUGCUUCGCCCAUACACUGAAUCUUGCAUCCCAGCGAGCGUUGAAAGUGGCCACUCUCUCUAGGCUUCUUGGCAGAGUACGUCGGAUAUCCACAUUCUUUCACCGCAGCACUAGAGCAAGCCACUGUCUAAAAGAGAAACAGAAAUGUCUUGGCCUGAAGAAUCAUAAGCUAAUAACUGAUGUGGCAACAAGAUGGAACAGUGCAUACGACAUGGUCGAGAGGUUCUUGGAACAACAACCUGCAGUCUGUGCCACCUUGCUGUCUCCAGAAGUCAGAAGAGGAGAGUCCGAUCUCUGCACUCUAAACGAAACAGAUGUGUCAAAUGCAGAGGACGCCGUGAGUGCAUUAAAGCCAAUGAAGGAUGCAACCAUGCUGAUGUCAGAAGAGCGCAAUCCAACAGUUUCUCUCAUUGCCCCUAUAAAUGCACAACUUCUCCAGAGCAUGACAGACACGAUGGGAGACACACCCAUGAUCCAUGAGAUCAAGAAUUCUAUUAGAACAGAUCUCCAGAAGAGGUACAGCAGUGAGGCCGAGAAGAAGAUCCUUCAUACAGCCUCUGCACUGGAUCCUCGCUUUAAGGGACUGCCUUUCAUCCUCACAGAUGAAGAAAGAUUGGAGAUAUUUAAAGGAGUCACUGAGGAAGCUGCAUCCUUGGAGAUUACAUCAGAUGAGAGUGAGAGGACACAAGAGGAUCAUCAAGUGCCUAGAAGAAAACAAACUCUGGAAGAAGAGGACAGUUCACCCAUCGAAGACAACCAUUCUCCACCAUCUCCUCCCAAAAAGGCCAGAUCGCUGCUCGUGAGUUUGCUGGGACAGUCUUUCACUGACACUGAAGGUACAAUAGAACCCAAAAAGACCCCCUAUGCCAAGGCUGAAGAGGAAAUGGAAAACUAUUGUAAAGCCCCACCUCUGCCUCUCACUGAGGACCCUUUGAACUGGUGGCGUGAGCAUGAGGUCAUAUUUCCCCUCCUUUCUCGGCUGUCAAAGCAAUACUUGUGUAUCCCAGGUACAAGCGUGUCUGCAGAGCGGGUUUUCUCCACUGCAGGAGAUGUGGUAACUGCAAAACGAAGCGCCCUCAAACCAGACCAUGUAGAUCAAUUGGUGUUCUUACAGAAAAAUCUACAUGUUCCCAAAUGCUGAGCAGUGUUUUUAAUUUUAUAGAUUUUGUUCUGUCUGUCUGUGUCUCUGUGUCUGUCUGU